AUGAAGAUCCUUCUCUUUUUCUCCAUUUCAUUUGUCUUUGAGAAUGUCUUCAUUCCACCAGCUGGAAGCAAAAAGCACUAUGUUGCCCUUAAUGGGAGGCUCGCAUGUACGAUGCUUGGUGGUCAAUGUAAAAAUAAAUGCGGUGAAAAAGAAUUUAGGAUGAUAUACUGUGAAAGACCUGCAGCUCUUUGCUGCAUGAGAGAAUGUGACCCUAAGAAAUAA